CGAGUUCUAUAAUUGAUGAUAGCGGGCUGUACAGGACCAGAUUUGAAAUAUGUUGUAAUGUUCUCGUGUGUGAGCUGUUUUUGAGACUGUAGAAGAGAUUAAACAGUGAGACAUUCCUUCGUAAAUAGAGACAGACCGGAGAAACAUUUCAGGUUGUUGGAAGAAAAUGCUACAUUAAAUAUUUAUGUAUUCUUCUGACCACAGUCUCAACUACAGGGCUAGUUCUACGUGUACACCUGGCGAGUGAUUCUCUAUGUUACAACGCUCCCUACGUACUUCAACAACAUCAACAUAAUUCAUUCUGCACGCGUCCAACCCUGACGGUACGGGACAGUUUUACGAUCCGAAAUUACUACGGUACCGAUGAGUUCAUACUUCGUUAAUUCUUUAUCCACGUGCUAUGGACAAACUGUUGGACUAGACAGCUGUUCUGAAGCCAGUUUUCAUAGAAAUGGAAAUUAUCAGCAUUCCGGUACGCUGUAUCCGGGUUUCCCGGGUGGAAGGUACCCUUAUCCGUCUAAAGAGGAACGGAUUGAAGACCAAAAUGGCGACUAUUACGGAGCUCCCAGGUUGAGCCAUUUGCCUCAUACCAGUCCUUGUUCUUCCCCUCACAACCUCCAUGUCGGAAAUAGUAAUUCUCAAAACGUCCAUCAUAUCCCAUCUAGUGAAAGGUCAUCUUGUAAUAUACGGACAAAUUCAAAUAGUAGUGGUUCAUAUUAUCCGAAUGGGCAAUUGAGUGGUGGGGUGGAGAGGAACAGAACCACCCCACCCUCACACCAACCCCCACCCACACCCCCGGACCAGCAGCAAUCCCAGGUCUCGCCACAAUCCGCUACAAACCAGGCACCUCAAUCUCCUCGACCAACGGAUCAGUACACACCCCCACACAUUUACCCGUGGAUGAGGAGGAUGCAGUAUUCUCAAGAAACUGCAGAUGGUGAAUCGAAAAGGUCAAGGACAUCAUAUACACGGCAUCAGACGCUUGAACUGGAGAAAGAAUUCCAUUAUAACAAAUACCUCACACGACGCAGACGAAUCGAAAUUGCGCAUGCGCUGAAUCUCACAGAGAGGCAAAUAAAGAUUUGGUUCCAGAAUCGAAGAAUGAAAUGGAAAAAAGAUCACAAACUCUCUCAUAUAGCCAAAAACAUGAACUUCUGUAACGCUUUGGAAAAAGUGUCACAAGAGCGAGAACAUAAGGGGACCUUGUGAAUUGUAAAACACUAAUAUACUCAGAUUCUAUGAACGAUGUGACAUAUCACAUAAUGACACAACAAUUGACGUGUUCAAGAUUACGUCAUACGUUACGUCAAUAUCUAUGAUGAUGACGUCACAAAGAUCCGGCUUGUUUACGCCCACGCACUUGCUCUGCAACGACUGUGGAUAAACAUAGGAUAUUCGCAUUGAAAACAGGCAAGAUAUCCGACACAGAUGAAAGGCCCGGAUCCGGUUCGGCUACCGUAACAUCACUGAACUGGUGUCCCAUUAAUUAGUGGAUACCUUUCCUUUGGAAUUUUCCAAUCGGCUUUUUUUGUGUUAUUUUUUAAAGGAAAAUGAAUACCUUUGUAAACUGAGAUACAUUGGUUAAAUUUGACAAAGAGCAGGCUAUUUCUAGGUUGGUUUUACAUAUAUAAGUCAAUUAUGUUUGCUAUUAAGAUUUAAGUUUAAAAAUGAUUCAUAAUAAGAGUUUUAUUAUUCUAUUAUUAUGAAAAUCAGGGAAAGAUUACCGACUGCUACAAGCAAGUAUGUUCAUUGUCAAUCAUAAGAAUAUGGAUAGUACAAUCAGGGUAUGUUGCUAGAUCUACAGAAUAUUUCAGUAUUUUAACAUAAAAUGUGUAGUAUUUCAAGUCAUUGUGGAGGAAGAAGCAAUUACCGCGGAAUAAAUGCAGUGAAACAGAUGUUGUGAAAAUGUGUGUGUAUGGAUUUGAAAUUGUGUGAGAUGUAUGUAUGUAAUUUUGUAUAUGAAAAUCCAGAUAGUUUAGUGCUCAUUAUGAUGGAGUAAUUGCGUCGUAUCAUAAUUAAAAGGACACAUUUUGCUAAAAAAUAGUUUCUUAAAAUAUAUACACAAUGAAUAUAUAUAUACAUAUGUAUCAAACCGCAAGAUUCAAUGUUAAAGCAACAGCAUAAUAAACAUUAAAUCGAAAUGAUACAAUACUUAACAUUCUAUUAUAGGUAAAGACAACAAGUAAAAUAUUUAUUUAAAUGUAUAUUGCAUAAAUAGAAUAUCAACAAAAUGUGUCCCUUUAAUGAAUUUCAAAAUGAACUACUGAACAUGUAAAUACUUAAUGUAACCUCGGUUUUCUUAUCAGGGUAAUGACGAGGAUCAUGUGUGGGUUACGUAAUAAAUAUAUGAGUACAUGUAUUACGUAAUGCAUAUUGAAUACUUAUGAAUCGUAACUGUGUAUUUAUGUAAUUAAUUGUAUCAAUCGGCGAUAAAUAUUUUCCGUUGAUAUGAGAAAAUUUUAUUCAGCCACCACAAUUCCAAUCGUAUAUGUGUCUGUUUUGUUAUUUAUGUCGUAAUAGUCGAAAUAGUGUUGGUCUUAUUUUACAUUUUUCAAAUUACAAAACAUAUGAAUAUAUAAAUAUAUCUAUAUAUUGUUUAGUGACUGAUAUACUUCUACAAUCAAAGUAAAGGAGGAACUUUGCAGGUUGACGUUUCCCUCAGCUUUAUUCAUUAAACCGAAUGAUGAUGACAACCAUUUGAUGAUGAAUAUAUUGGAAAAGAUUAAAGAGAGCUGAUCUAUUUAUUUAUACCUUAUUUUAUCUGAAAGAUAAUAAGUUGUUAUACAACAACCGAAAUAAUAAAAUGCUGAAUUUUAUAAAUGUUUUAUGUAUAUUUUAAUGUGUUUCUACAAUUUUUUUUCUAUAAUUAAGACCAGCUUUCUGAUGAUAUAUUGCUGUGCGCUCAUUAUCAUGCUACAAGGUAAAAUGAAGAUUGUAUAAUAAGGAGCAUUAACAAAUUGUGAAAUUGGACUACUCUUGCUCUACUUAUCUCAAAAUUUAUGUAUCAUUUCAAUAAGAACGAAAAUACAUACCGAAUUAUUAUUACUUUAAUUAAGUAAAAAAAAACUAAAUAUUGUUUCUUGCUAAUAUUCCGGUUUUGAAUAAACUGGUAAUUGAAAUUAUUAUUUUACUCAUUUAACAUAAGUUUUUUUAGAUGAAGGCAUAAAGCAGAGAAAAAUGAAAUAAACCAUAGAAUAGCAUUGAAAUUAGUUUCAUUUAUCAUUUAAUUAUUCAUAGGAAUUUACUGCCUAUUUGUUUCUUUGAAAAUUUAUUAUGAUGGAUAUUAUUUAUAUUAAAUGACUCAUUUGAAGAUAUUUAAAUUUCAUGACCUUCUACCUUCAUAAAUGAUCAUGUGUCCGUUCAUUUGUCAUGUUAUAUAUGCCAUUUGUUCAUUGUCAAUUUCGGUAGCUAUACUGCCAGUCGUAUAAACGUCACCGUACGAUCAAUUUGGAAUAAAAGAUAAUUUUGAGGAGAUAAA